UGCUAAACGCAGCGGGUUUUGGGCCAAGAGAUCCGCCACAAGCCGCCUAGAACGGGCGGGCCGACAGUCAACUUGAGAGCCCAAGGCGGAGUCUCAAGGUGUUCAUCUUAGUAAGCGCUCGACGUCACACAGCCCAAGGUACUCGUUGAGGCUGGGUUGUGGUCAUCGCCCGCCCGUCCAUUCACCGCCCGGCAAAACCCGCGAAUUGAACGAUCCCAGGACGAGGCUUGGAAGUGAUUCACGGCGAUAUCCGCUGAAUAUCCCGGCACGCGCUUGAACCAGGACGCGGAUUGGAGCCUAGAGGCGGCGAAAGUCAGACGAGCCAGUUGCGUCUUUCUUAGGAGCCUUACGCAGGGCUCCUCAAUCCCUCACCAUGGCGUCGUCUCUCCCCACCGAGCUCGGCAGCACCAUCCAGGCCGGCCAUAUCAGAAGACAUCCCGACCCUCGACAAGACAUUGCGCCAUCAACCGCCGCCGACAAGAGGCAGCUGGUGGAUUUCCACAGCGCGAGACGCAGUGACAUCGACAACGACGACGAUGAUAUCCCGUACAGCGUCUUGCGUCCUCCAAAGAAGCACUACAACCUCCCACCCCUUCCAGACCUGCGAUUCGAGCAGAGCUAUCUCCACAGCAUCGCCUCAGCCGAUACGUGGUGGAAAGUAUUACUCAUUACAGCUAGGGAUCAGGUAUUGAUGCCCUUGGCUCAGGGUGUCCUUCUCAACUUGGCCUUGGUUGGGUGGCAGCAUUGGAACAAGAAUGCCAGAGUACACGGUGACUCAAUAGGCAUUCGCCUGAGGAGGUGGUGGUAUGGAGUGAAUAAUUGGAAACUGCCCGCCCCUACUAAGAGACGGGUGUAGAGAAUCAUGGCGGUUGGUUUAAAAUAAAUGUAAACACUCUAGUCGUGACAAUAUCAUAUGGCUUCUAGUUCCCCCUUUUCCACAUCCGUAAAAACAACCCGUAUUCGCGCCUCAUAGUUCAGGUCGCAAACCCUCUUGUGAGAUUUUGAGGG